AUGGGCAAAAAAGGCAAAGGAAAUAAAUUGGCCAAAAUGUCGGAAGAGGAAAGGGCAAGAUAUUUACAGUUACGAGCUGAUAUCGAAGAGGAGGCCCGUAGACGUAAAAUGCAACUGAUUUCCAUGUAUAUGAAGAAUAAACUGAAACGCGAAGAGGCUUUUAGCCGCCUGAAUAUGGCCAAAAUAAAUCAAGAGUGGCGUUCCAUUUUGAGGCAGGUGAAGUGUCAAGAAUUACGCAAAGAAAUCAUUGAUAUGGAAAAAUACAGCAAGGAUAUGUUGGAUCACAAGGAUAGUGUUAUCCAGCGUUUGCUGCAUGACUUGGAAGUGGCCCAUGGCCAACAUGAUACAAGUUCACAGAUCCACAUGGAAAUGUUGCAACAUUUUAUGGAUAUUCAACAGCAACGUUUGGAAUUUUUCAAGGAUAAUUAUGAUCGCGAGCGUCAAAUAAUGCUGGAACAAUUCAAUGAGGAUUUCAAUAAAAUGGAGAAGUUGAGAGAAAGAGCCCAGGAACAACUGGAAAAUGUCUACUAUCAGCUGGAGGAAAAGAAUGAGAAUCAGCGGAAUGAGGCUCAUGAACGAUAUUUGGAGAAACUCGAUGAUAUUAAGGCCACGAUGCAACUUCGCAUUGAAGAAAUUACCGAAAAAGGCGAGCAAAAGCUUGAAAAAUUAUGGAAAGAAUAUCAACAAGCGUUGGCGGAAUAUGUUCAACAUACCGAAGGUUUCUACGCUGAUUAUAUGGAUUUAAAGGAAAAAGAUGAAGAAUAUACAAAUCAGACGCGAGAAUAUUGUUAUGAAAUAGAAAAGGCCAGUAAUCAAUUGGCCAGUUUAAAACUCACGGUGGCCGAUGCAGAGGAUAAAAGUGAAGUAAAAUUGAAACAUUUGAAAGAUCUCAAAGAGUAUAUGAUGAAAAAGCAUGCGGAACUGAAGGAGAGGAUCGACGCUGAAAUGCAGGAGAAUGAGGAGAAAUUUAAAGUGAUGAGUGUGGAGAGUUAUAAAGCGGUAAAGAAUUUAAAAAAUAUUUUCGAAAAAGGCAAUACCUUGCUACAACUGGUAGCUGUUUGUCGAAAAUUUGAAACCGAAAAAGAGAAGAUUCUACCCUUGGGAUUGCCGCCGAUUAGCAAAAUUAUGUUUGAAAAUGAAGCUGAGCAAUAUUCACAAGUACCCGAAGAAAUGAAAUCUGUAAGUCUGAAUAUUAUUAUUUUUUGUAAAAUACUAAAAUUUUCUUAAUAUUAGGAAAACUUUUGCAAUUGGCAAUUAAUGGAAGAUUUUUGGCGACGUGUAAACAACGUUAAAAUCGAUUUGGUUUGUUUGACACAACGCAAACAUGGCUUGGAAGAGGAAAACGAACGCCUGAAAGCCGAAUUGGAGGAACGUUUAAUGAGCCUGAACAUUGCCAACGGUAUCAACACCCAUGUCAAUGAUUAUUUGGCCAAAAGGCCAAGCAGCAUGCGAGUUGACCGAGUGGAACGUAUCGAUUUGGAUCAACGCCAAACAUGUCAGUCGGCAGAUGUGAAAAUGGGUCGACAGCAACCACAACAUCCUCUUCAUCAUCAGCAGCAGCGUCGUCUUCGUCCCCAUACCUCCUGUAUAACGGAGGCAAAUUUCACCACAGUUGUACGUUCUCGAAUGCUGGCCAAAGGCAAACCGAAGCUGGCCAAAAUUGUCGCAAUAAAACAUUGAAAAAUCGCAAUGCAAUAAAGUCAUUGAAGA